CGUUCCACGAAUCCGCCAUGUUUUUUCCUAUCUGCUGCUGCAGCAGUCGUCAUCGUUGCCGUGUUUCGUGUUACCAAUAGUGAAUGCAAUAUUAUUUAUUUUCACCUCACAGAGCGGUACGUUAAUGCAUUCCCGUUUGUUCGGUUGGCUAUUUCAAUAUUAAAGUGUAGAUAGACCAACGCUGAUUCUCGGUCUACAGCGAAGGAACCAGAUCUGAUGUGAGAAAGAGCACCACGGGGACUGGAAAGUUGCCAAGGGGCUCCAAACGACGACAACGACGACGACGACGCAAAGUGCGACGUUGAUUGGGCUCCAACACCACCUCCUCCAGCAUUGAAACAAGCUCCCGAAACACGGAUUUGGAAUCAUUUACAUUGCGCUAGGGGGUGAAGAUAUAGGGCACUGUUUCGGGUUCUCACCCAGCUGUAAGCAUAUUCUGUUCUGGGCAUUUAAAGUAUGUACGAUCAGCAACGAAAAACAUUGAUCCAAUAAGUGAAGAAAGUUUAGUGCGUUCGUGCGUGUGUGUGUGUGUAGGAAAAGUGUAUGUGUGCAUAUUUGUUUGUGACCGAGUAACAAUCAUCAGCGUGUGUCCACGGUCAUCGUAUAUGCGGUAGUACAUAGCACACGUACAUUAAAGUGGUACCGGGUGGGUGGGGCAGGAAGGCAGGCAGAUAGGUUGGAAAAAGGGUAGAGAGCAAGGAAAGGCCAACCACCACCACUGUGUCAGGUGUCAGUCGGUAACCCCAGCGGAGGCUGACUACUCUUCACAGAGCAGCAAAACAAUCACAUACCGACGAGGACGGCGGCCUAAAACGGCAACGGGCUAAACGAUGAAUCGAACUGACGGGCUUGUGCGACGUGUAAAAGCACGCGACACCGAAUCAAAUGGAGGAUCAUCUUCAUCCGCGGCGAAUCAUGCCGAUCAGGAAGAUAAUAAAGUAGACAAGGAGGACGAGAUGGAAGACUGCGACUCCAAGGAAACGCGGCUAACAUUGAUGGAGGAGGUGCUGCUGCUUGGGUUAAAAGAUAAGGAGGGCUACACAUCAUUUUGGAACGAUUGCAUAUCGAGCGGAUUGCGUGGCUGCAUUCUGAUCGAAUUGGGGCUCCGUGGACGCAUCGAACUGGAGCGUGCUGGUAUGCGAAGAAAGGGUUUGUGCACGCGGAAAAUUAUCCUCAAAUCCGACACACCAACCGGUGACGUACUGCUCGAUGAGGCCUUGAAACAUAUUAAAGAAACGUACCCACCGGAAACCAUUCAGAGUUGGAUCGAAUAUUUAAGCGGGGAAACAUGGAAUCCGCUUAAGAUACGCUAUCAAUUGAAAAACGUCCGCGAGCGGCUAGCCAAGAAUUUGGUCGAAAAGGGUGUAUUAACGACGGAGAAACAAAAUUUUCUCCUCUUCGAUAUGACGACACAUCCCCUAACUGAUAACGUUAUCAAGUGCCGGUUGGUGAAGAAGAUACAGGAUGCGGUCCUAACAAAGUGGGUCAACGAUCCUCAACGGAUUGGCAAACGAAUGUUGGCACUUAUACUGCUGGCUCACGCCAGUGACGUGCUGGAGAACGCCUUUGCUCCACUCAACGACGACGACUACGAACUGGCGAUGCGACGGGUAAGGGAACUGCUCGAUCUUGACUUCGAGACAGAGUCCUCCAAAUCGAACGCCAACGAAGUGAUUUGGGCCGUCUUUGCGGCCUUUACCAAGUAAGAUAAGCAACCCUUCCUAGUUCUGCCUAGACGCAAUAAUUCGCGCGUACACAUACAUGCCGUUGGGUGGGUGGAAAGAACAGCAAUACCAGACCAUUUCACCACCGUAAUGCAAUGGCAACGAUGGCAAUGUAUGUGCGUUUGGGUAUACAAUAGCCCUCAUUCACUGUAAAACCGAUCUCCGUUCGCUACGAGUGUGGCACACGAUGAGGAGGGUACAUGCAGAAAAAGCAAAUCCUCCUCGGAUAAAAAGAUGCGGCGGGAGUGGACGCUAGGGUGCUCUGGAGAAGGAAGGUGCACCGAUCAGUUUAUGUUUGUUUCCAACGUUUUCCGACGUGUAUGCAGUACAUAAACCCAAACUCCUAGUUGUGGCCAAUAGAUGGGACCACUAGCAAGCAGAACUAACAGCAGGAAACAAAAAUUAACACAACCCUUGCCACGACGACCCGAAUUGCAAGUGCAUGUGAGAAAAAAAUUGAUUUGAUAGAAAUGUGAUUUUUAGUCGUUUUUUCAACGUAAUGGUGCAAUUAAUACGAAAUUUUGUUGCAUCUAUUACUAGCACGAUAGCGAUAAGAUAACAGCAAGGGAGAAAGAGCAUUAUGGAGAAGCUGUGAUCGUUUUCGAAACACACGCUUGUACCACAGGAAGUAAUAUAAAGAAGCGAUAGCAAUUGCCGUGCCGUAACACCUUCCGGUACACGUGGAACGAUCAUAUAAACAAAACAAGCACUUAAAAUCCGUUCAACAUUCAGUGUUCGUAAGAAGAAAAAAACUGCUACAAAUGCAAACUAUUCUAACUAAACAAAACUGAUCAUCAUGUUGGUGCAGUAUUCCCACAUCUCGAGAGAAACUAGCCAAGCCUUGCAUACACACACCGUCACUAAACGGUAGUUCAAUUUCGCAACGAAAGAAGAUGACACAGUUUAAGUAAUACCAGCAAACAUUCGAUAGUCAAGGUAAACGAUAUGUUAUUCUUUUCACGAUAUCAUCUUCCUAACUUUGUUUGGUUUUUUUUUUUUUGAAACUAGUACACUAUUUCAAAACGUUCGUUACUGUUGCUUGAUUAGCUGCGUAAAAGUUUAUUAUUAAGAAGAAAAAAGAAAAACAUUUCAGUUCCGUACUUUCCUAACGUUCCACAAAUUAUUUGCCGAAAGGAAAGCAGCACAUACAUAGAUAUAUAAAUCAGCAAAACCAAGCAACUUGUACUGCGAUUUCAAUGUUCGAUCGUACACGUGAUAAUCGUCCUUUAGUCCAUGGAACAUCCGUUCUGUUCCUUGCGUUUGUAAACUUGAUUUUAUAGACGUAAAACAAACAAAAGAAAAAUAACCGGCAAGAAAAUUAUCAAACAUCCAAGGUAGGGACAUUUUUUAACACUUAUCUAGUUAAACAUUUUCAAAAUACCUAUCUAUAGCAAUAGAAGCAUAGCUAACCGUUGCUGUAGGGCAAAAUGCGAUCGCGUUGAGAAGAGAAAUUGUUAUCACACAACUAAAGUCAAAGAAAAAUACGAUAUUGAUUUUUAACAUCACGUAAAUUCCGGUUCACACAAACCCACACAGCCAGGCAAGCGUGCAUUAUGUGCUUUUUUUGGAAACUGGAUCGAAAACUAGGACCCAAGAGUUGACUAAAUGUAAAGCAGUACGAAACAUUCUUCACUAUCGUGUUUAGAGAUAAAACGAUACUUUUUCUAAUUUUGUUUUUCGUUGUUUUAGUAAAUUUUAUUUAAGUGGUUUUUCUACAAUUAACAUAUGUAGCAAUAGUGUAAGGAAGCUAUUCAUUCGUUUCGGUUAAGGGCUUUCGAAAUUUGAAAUCAAACAAUCUGAAAGUUGCAUAAUCUGAAGUUCGAGGCGCGGCAACACACAAGCCGCGCUGAAAUGGGUCUUUUUCCUUAAAUUACAACGGAUUUAAAUAGACAACUGAAAAACAUGUACAUAGCGAAACAGACGGCGUAGGUCGAACCUAUUGUUAAAGUAAAUAAGUAAAGCAAGAUAUGUAAAGAAAUAAAAGUAUAAAUUGGUUAAAAUCUUUAACAAAA